UUUUCUCUUCUGCGUAGGAAAGAAAAGCCAAGUACAGUCGUUUCUCCUGUCAAAGAUUUACCUCAUCCCCAAAAACUCAAGUUCAACAUCACACCUGAGAUCAAGAAGGAGAUCGAGGAGGCCAAAAAACACAUGGACACGUUGGCCAGAGGUUUUGAUCUGAAGAACAAAGUGUUUGAGCACUUUGGUAAAAACCUUCUUAAGUCUCUGAAGACCAGUCCUGAUGGUUUCGUGCAGAUGGCGGCACAGCUGGCGUACUUCAGGAUGCACAAACAGAUUGGUCUCGCCCUUGAACCUGUUACUCUGCGAAUGUACAGACAGGGACGUUUAGGAAUCAUCAACGCAACUUCAAGUGCUUCCACCACCUUCGUCAAAGCCUUCGAUGACUCCAAAAUACAGAACUUGGAGAAACUCGAUCUGUUGGAGAAAGCUCUAAAAGUUCACAAAAGGAACAUUCACCUGGGCCACCGUGGACAAGCAGCUGAUGGACAUCUCCUCGGUCUGCAGAUGCAGGCUGAAAAUGAAAAAAUCUCAACUCCUGAAAUCUUCACAGAUGUCUCCUAUGAAAAAGCUUUCAACUUCCAAAUAAUAGCUGGUCAGGUUACGGCAUUCAGGAAUGGCAUUGUUCCAUGUUCUAGUCCUGAAGACCUGGGACUGUACGACAUAAACUACGCUAUUAAAAACAAUCACAUGGAGUUUUUAGUGUCCUGCUUUGAAUAUGCUGAGACAGGCAGAGAAAAGAAUUCAGCAGAGAUGAUCAAAGCUGUGGAAGAUGCCAUGUUGGACAUGAGGACCCUGUUGGAAGAAAGAGCAAAACUAUAAAUAUAAUUCAGUCAUAUUUGUUUUUGAAAAAACAAAAUCCCUCUUGUUGGGCCUGAGGGUCAGGGUGAGGUU